AUGAUUGUCGUACUUUCCCUCGAACGAACAUCUACGCCGCUGCUAGCUGUUGGAAAAGCCACCGUGGCAGCCUGCGAAUUCUUUGUUGUUAUCGACGCUCCGCAGCCUGCCAAGGGUACUCUGAAGGAUCCCCAAAUCUCUUCGACACAGGAUAUCAUUUUCGAGGAUGUUACCUUUGCUUACCCUAGCCGGCCUCAUGCCAAAGUGCUAGAUGGCCUAGACUUGCGCAUAGAGGCUGGAAAAAUCAAUGCGAUUGUCGGGCCGUCCGGGGGAGGCAAAUCGACCAUUGUUGGGCUCAUUCAGAGAUGGUACACCUUACAGGAUCAACACGCUCUUGCCAAGGUCAUUGAGAAAGAGAAAAAAGGGGGUCACAAAAACAAGAAAAAGGAGAGUGAUGAGGAUGUUGACGCAGAAAACGUGGUUGAUAUCGAGCCUGAAGAACCAGGACCUCUCGUCGAAGUCCACGGGCGAAUCCUGACAGCAGGCCAAUUAUUGGAUGACAUCGAUUUGAAGUGGUGGAGGUCCCAGAUAGGUCUCGUCUCGCAGGAGCCAUUUCUAUUCAACGAGACGAUCUAUGAGAAUGUUGCCUAUGGUCUGAUCGGAAGUCCAUGGGAAAAUGAGACCGAGGACAAGAAGAGAGAACUUGUUAGGGAGGCUUGUCGAGAAUCAUUCGCCGACGAGUUCAUUGAUCGAUUGCCAGAUGGGUUGGACACGCUCGUUGGCGAUAGUGGUGCCAAACUCUCCGGUGGACAGAGACAGAGGUUGGCUAUUGCACGAUCUAUCGUGCGGAAACCAAGUAUACUUAUACUGGAUGAGGCCACGAGUGCUAUCGACGUCCGUGGUGAGAGGAUUGUCCAAGCGGCCCUUGACAGGGCUGCGAAAGACCGGACCACUAUCACGAUAGCCCAUCGACUGUCGACCAUUAAGAAAGCAGACCGUAUCAUUGUCUUGAAGAAGGGCAAAGUCGCUGAAUCAGGUACACAUGACAGUCUCAUGACGAUUGAGGGCGGAGUCUACUCAGGGCUUGUGCGUGCACAAUCCCUAUCGCUUGGAGAACCCACAGAUGCAGGAGAUGAGUCGGCUGAAACUGAGGACAAGCCCGUCCUGGCCAGCGUGACGAGCGUUGCAGCUUCCGAGGUCGGCACGUCGAUGGAGGCUUCUAAAGACAAGGCACGGAACUUCUUUGCAAGCUUUGGCCGACUGUUCUACGAGUCAAAGAAUGUGUGGCCAGCGUUUUUUCUGACUCUAUUUGCCGGUGCCUGUGUGGGAUCUGGAGUACCAUUACAGGCAUGGAUUUUUGGGAAGAUUAUUGUUUCUUUCAACGACAUAGGAACUGACUCGAACCUAUCCGGGAGCAACUUCUGGUCACUCAUGUUCGUCGUCCUGGCUUCAGGAAUCGGAAUCAGCUACUUUGUAGUUGUCUUCGUCGCCACUCGGAUGUCAUCCACGAUACGCGUGAAAUACCAGAAGCAGUAUUUUGAUGCGGUAAUGUUCCAGAAAACAUCCUUUUUUGAUCAUGAGGACAACUCUCAUGGAACAAUAACGUCCCGGCUUGGCCAGGACCCCAAGCAACUUGAAGAGUUGAUGGGACUGAACAUGGCCAGUGUCUUCGUCGCUCUCUUCAACGUGGUUGGGGCAAUAUCGAUUGCGUUCGCUUUCGCAUGGAAACUGGCUCUCGUCUCAUGCUGUGUCGUGUUACCCAUAAUGAUCGUUUCAGCGUACUGGCGCUUCAAAUACGAGCUGGCAUUCGAGAAGAUGAACAAUGACGUCUUUGCAGAGAGCUCAAAAUUCGAUUUGCCUCCGAUAUCAGAACUUACUCAACGAACACGUGAUAUCAGCAUACAGAAAAGCCAGAUGGUGGCCAUUACAAAUGGAAGCGAGGCAGCCGGGCAAGCCCUUGGCUUUGGUCCAAACAGUGCGAUGGCUUCUGCAGCUGCGAAUCGUAUUCUAAACAUGAGGGAGAGCAGACCACGAGACAAGGUCUCUACCUCGCAGGAGAUCCCAGAUACAGAUGGUGGAAUGUCGAUUGAGCUGGACAAUAUCGCCUUCAAGUACCCGACCAGGAGCACACCCGUAUUCAAAGGAUUGAGCCUGAAGAUUGAGAAGGGACAGUUUGCUGGCCUCGUAGGCGCCUCAGGCUCAGGAAAGUCAUCGAUCAUUUCGUUACUUGAAAGAUUUUACGACUUGGACAAGGGCCGGCUCCUCCUGAAUGGCAAGGAUGCUACCGACAUCAACCUGUACGAAUACCGAAAGUACUUUUCUCUCGUGGCCCAAGAAGCCACCCUCUUCCAAGGCACCAUCAAGGAGAAUAUCUUACUUGGAGUCGACCCCUCAGCAAUCACCGACGAGCAACUACACCAAGCGUGCCGUGAUGCCUCGAUCCACGAUUUUGUCGUCUCAUUACCGGAGGGCUACAAUACAAACAUUGGAUCACGUGGUGUAUCACUUUCAGGUGGUCAGAAGCAGCGCGUGGCGAUUGCUCGCGCUCUGAUUCGCGACCCAAAAGUCCUACUUCUCGACGAAGCUACGAGCUCCCUUGAUUCGGAGAGCGAAAAGCUAGUCCAGUCGGCAUUCGAAAGAGCUAGUGAAGGACGCACGAUGCUCGUGGUAGCACAUCGACUGGCCACAGUGCAGGAUGCUGAUGUGAUCUUUGUCCUGGGAGAUGGCCAAUUAUUGGAACAAGGAUGUCAUGCAGAGUUACUGAAGAGGCGGGGCGUCUACUGGAACAUGUGUCAAAGUCAAUCCUUAGAUCGUUAA